CUAAGAAUCAAAAUUUACCAAUUUGAUUAUUUCAGUGAUAUUCUUGUUACAAGUAUUGGUACAGAUAUAAGUUAUGGUAAAUUUUGCACAGAAAUAAAAGAUAUUUGUAAAUUUGAUGAGCUGCAACCAUUCACUGUGAAGUGGCUUGAUGAGGAAGGAGAUCCAUGUACAUUGUCAUCGCAGAUAGAGUUAGAUGAAGCUAUUAGAUUGUAUGAAGUCAAUAAAGAUUCAGAAAUCACUAUUCAUGUUUUCCCUAAUGUACCUGAAAGACCUGGAAUGCCAUGUGUUGGAGAAGACAGAAAUAUGUACAGAAGGGGAGCCAGAAGAUGGAGAAAAUUAUAUAGAGUCAAUGGACAUUUAUUUCAACCGAAACGAUUUUCAAGGAAAGCAUUUUGUCAGUUAUGUACAGAUCGUAUUUGGGGUCUAGGUAGACAAGGUUUUAAAUGUAUACAGUGUAAAUUAUUAGUACAUAAACGCUGUCAUAAACAGAUACACACACCUUGUGGUAAACACCCUGAAAACACUGAAAACUUCCCACCUAUUAGAGAAGGAGGAUUAUCACAAACAAAUGGAGAGUCAAAACCAGUUAGUAGACCAUCUCAAGUUGUAUAUGAUAAAAGUCAAGAGGUAAAAUAUUGUUUUACUAUCAGAUUUAUUUGUAAUCAAUUUCAACAGAUAUCUUUAGAUGAUUUUGAAAUGUUACGUGUUAUUGGCAGAGGAAGUUAUGCCAAAGUACUACAGGUAGAACAUAAGAAAACCAAGAGAAUCUAUGCUAUGAAAGUCAUCAAAAAAGAGUUAGUUAAUGAUGAUGAGGAUAUAGAUUGGGUACAAACAGAGAAACAUGUAUUUGAAACAGCUACAAAUUAUCCUUUCCUUGUUGGUUUACAUUCCUGUUUUAUGACUGCUAGCAGAUUAUUUUUCGUGAUAGAAUUUGUCAAUGGUGGUGAUUUGAUGUUUCACAUGCAGAGACAAAGAAGGCUUCCAGAAGAACAUGCUAGAUUUUAUGCUGCUGAAAUCUGUCUUGCAUUAAAUUUCUUACACGAAAGAGGUAUUGUGUAUCGUGAUUUAAAAUUAGAUAAUGUCUUAUUAGAUUCGGAAGGUCAUAUUAAACUCACUGAUUAUGGAAUGUGUAAGGAAGGACUUGGUAAUGGAGAAACAACUGGUACAUUUUGUGGUACCCCCAACUAUAUUGCCCCUGAGAUACUGCGUGGUGAAGAUUAUGAUUUUAGUGUUGAUUGGUGGGCAUUAGGUGUAUUAAUGUUUGAAAUGUUGGCUGGUAGAUCACCGUUUGAUGUGGUAGGAAAUGCUGAUAAUCCUGAUCAAAAUACAGAAGACUACUUAUUUCAGAUAAUCUUAGAGAAGACUAUCAGAAUACCAAGGUCUUUAUCAGUGAAAGCUGCCUCAAUACUUAAAGGAUUCCUUAACAAGAAUCCAGUAGAGAGAUUAGGUUGUCAUCCUGGUACUGGGUUUGAAGAUAUUAAAUCUCACUCAUUCUAUAGAUCUAUCAACUGGGAACUUUUAUCACAGAAACAAAUAGCACCACCAUAUAAACCUACUAUACGUAAUGAUAGAGAUCUAGAACAUUUCGAUCCUGCUUUUACUAAUGAACCAGUUGUUUUAACUCCAGAUGAUCCCAAAGUAAUUGAUAAAAUAGACCAGUCAGAAUUUGAAGGGUUUGAGUAUGUGAAUCCUUUAUUGAUGUCGAUGGAAGAUUGUGUGUAA